AGCGGGCCCUGCUUUUGAAUUUGCUAUUUGGUUUCUCCUGAAUAUCAUCACCCAGUUCAUUAUCUACCUACUCUUUCACAGACUCGUAUUCUCUUGUGAUAUCCAGCAAAUUUUCCAUUUCCAAUCUAUGGCUCGUGCUUUACUUUCUGCUAUUGUGGAGCAGCUUGGUCCUUUCAUUUCUUCAGAGUUCACCUUGACUGCAACUGUUAAACAAGAAGUCCAAAAGCUUGAAACCAAAUUCUGUACCAUCCAGGCAGUGCUCAACGAUGCUGAGAAGAGGCAGCUGAAGGAGGAAGCUGUGAAGCUUUGGUUAGAUAAGCUCAAACGCGUAUCCUACGAGAUGGACGACGUGUUGGAUGAGUGGAACACUGCCAUGAUCAAAGAAGAGAUUGAGAAACAACAAAAAGUCGAAGAAAAAGCCGAAACUAGCACUGCUAAGAAGAGGAAGGUAUUGCCCAACUUCAAUUUCUCAGUUCCUAAUUUUUUUCAGAAUCGUGAUAUUGCUCAUAAGAUAAAAGAACUGAACGAAAAAUUAGAUGAGAUUAACAAAGAGAGGGAGGUGUACGGGUUUGAAUUAAGUAAGGCCAUUGAAGAAGUGGUUGAGAGACCAAAAACUACUUCUUAUGUUGAUGUGUCUGAUAUUCUUGGUCGCGAGAAGGUUAAGGAUGAUCUAGUGAGCAUCCUAUUGGGUGAGGGUACUGAAAAACAAAAACGUCCCCAUGUCAUCUCUUUGGUGGGUAUGGGCGGUAUGGGAAAAACGACUCUUGCCCAACUAGCCUUUAAUCAUCAUGAGGUGAAAGAUCAUUUUGAAAAAUGAAUUUGGGUUUGUGUUUCCGAACCCUUUGAUCAAUGUAGGGUUGCCAAAGCUAUCGUUGAAGCUUUGGGAGUUCAUGAUUCCAACACUACUGAAUUGCAAAGUCUGCUAGAUACAAUUUGUGAAUUAAUUCGGGGAAAGAAGAUUUUUCUUAUCUUUGAUGAUGUGUGGACUGAAGACCAUGCAAUGUGGAAGCCAUUCAGAGAUGCACUCAAAAAUUGUGGUUCCCAAAGUAGUAGAAUCCUAGUCACCACACGUAAAGACAAAGUUGCGAAGAUGAUGGAAAGUGCAAAUACGAUCAAGUUAGAGGAAUUGUCUGAGGAAGAUUGUUGGUUGGUGUUUAGUAAAAUAGCAUUUGUAGAUGAGGAUCCUAAGCAAUGUGAGCAAUUAGAAGACGUUGGCAAGAAAAUAUCAAAGAAGUGCAAAGGCUUGCCCCUUGCUACAAAGACUCUAGGGAGUCUCAUGCACUUCAAGAAAAGUAGAGAAGAGUGGAACAACGUUUUGGAUAGCAAUUUUUGGGAAUUAGAAGACAUUGAAAGAGGACUUUUUGCGCCGUUGUUACUUAGUUAUUAUGAUUUGCCAUCACCAUUGAAACGGUGUUUCUCAUAUUGUGCUGUCUUUCCGAAAGAUCAUGUCUUUGAAGUUGAUAUGUUGGUAUCUAUGUGGACAGCACACGGAUUUGUUGAGUCAAAGGGAAAUAUGGAGGUGGAAAUCAUGGCAAGAGAAUACUUUAAAAGUUUAGUCAUUCGCUCUUUCUUCCAAGGGGAACAUAUUUUCUGACAUGAGGUAUAAAAUGCAUGAUAUAGUGCAUGACUUUGCACAAUCAAUUACUAAGAAUGAAUGCUUUAUAAUCAAUAGUGACAUAGAGUCAAAAUUAGACUUUAAUAGUGCUCGCCAUUUGGGAUUAGAAAUUCGAAAUGUAUCCCAAUUUCCUUUGUCCAUCGAUAGUGCCAAAAAUCUACGCACCCUUAUCAUUUUUAAUCAACUUGGUUAUGACAUACCCAAUUUACAGAAUUUUAGACUUUUACGAGUAUUAACUUUGAUAAAUACUAUGGAACUUCCACACACAGUGGAAAAUUUAAUACAUUUAAGGUAUCUCAAUUUGUUUGGGGGUAUUGAGGUAUUGUCUGAAACCAUUUGUAAUUUAUGCAAUUUACAAUAUUUGAAGAUUACCAAGGAUUUUGGUUCUGUCUCCACAAAAUUACCUCAAGGGAUAGGUAAAUUAAUUAACUUAAGACAUCUUAUUGGAGAAGAUUUUCUGAUUCCAAGAGGGAUUGGAAGAUUGAUUUCUCUUAGAACAUUAAAAUGUUUCAGCAUAAGUGACGAGGAUAGCGAAGGAUGUAAACUCGGAGAAUUAAAAAAUUUGAACCACCUGCAAGGGAGUUUUGGAAUACGUGGGUUGGGGAACGUGGUAGAUGUAAGUGAGGUCGAGAAUGCACAACUUAAGAAGAAGAUACAACUUCGUGAAAUGAUACUAUCUUUUAAGAAAGGGAAGGAUAGAGGAUGGUGGGAUGAUCCGGUUCCGAAUGCGGUCGACCCCAAUGGUAGAAGAAUGGAGAGGGAUGUCUUAGUUUUAAAUGCCUUAGAGCCACCUCAAGACUUGGAGCAGUUAGACAUUCGUUGGUAUCAGGGCACCACAAUGUGUCCUAAUUGGUUGAUGUCCUUGACCAAAUUGAAACUUGUUUCUAUCUUUUCGGCCACAAAGUUAAUGAGUUUGCCUCCUUUGGGGAAGUUUCCGUUCCUUGAAUCAUUAACUAUAAGGAAUGUGUGUAGUUUGAAACAAGUGGGUGUUGAAUUUUUGGGAAUAGAAUCUGAAAACAAGAAAGAAGACAUAAAAAUAUUCCCAAAUUUGAAAUAUCUCAGGUUUGUGUGGUUGGAGGAGUUGGAAGAAUGGAUUGGGAUUGGAGGAAAAGAAGACGCAGACUGCAUUACUGUAAUGCCUCGUCUUCAACGGUUGGAAAUUCAUGGCUGCGGAAAGUUAAAGUCACUGCCGGACUUCCUGCGUACAAUUCCAUUGAAUAAAUUGGAGAUCGCUGGCUGUCCAAUUAUCAAGGAACGUUGCCAAAGAGAGACAGGAGAGGACUGGCGCACCAUUUCUCACAUCCCAAUCAUCGAUCUUCAAGAACAUUCUUAUUAUUUAAGAUCAAGAUGAAAUCGUAAAAACUGCGCAUGAGCAAAGUUCAUCCUAGGCUUGAUUCGGCAUUGCAAGUCUGAACCAGUAAAGGGGAAGUAUAUUUUGUGCUUGAGCAAAAUUUCACGCAUGGAUGCACUCUUUAGUAAGACCUACAGAAGAAACUCGUUCACUUUAUUGUGGCAGUAAAGCUUUCAUAUCGUAUAACACAUGAAAGGUUGGACGAGGAAGAGUGAGAUGUUACCACCAAGGGUAGAGGGCACAGUUUGAUAAAAACUUGCUAUCUGCUGCAAUCCAUAGUUGCCUAUUUUGAAAAGGACACCAUAAGAAGUGGGGAGGAGAAGAUAGGACCAGUCCAAACUUCCUUGAUCUAGGCACAUAAAUGUUGCUUCUUGUAUAGCAUUGCACCAUUUGUCGCCAUCACAUGAACCUGCCAUUUUUUCUCUACAACUCAGAAUCUAACACAUAACACAGUUGUGGCAAAGUGCAAGCGAAAGUGUAUAGAAAAUAUAUGCCGGACACUUUCUCCGUCCCAACAGUUCUAUUUGAUGACAAAGGGUUGAUGUUGCCUUGCCAGCACCGAUAAAACUGUCGGAAGGAGUGAAUCAUUGUAUCAUACUACAAAUCAAAAUCAAAAUGGUGCUUUUACCCCUGAGAAGGUUCAAGUCCUUCAGUACUUGCAAUCUCAAAGUGGGACAUUUCCAGCAAGAUCAUUUUCACAAGAUGGUUUGUGGGGUACAGCUAUAGGUUUUCAAGAAAAUUUGGUUCUGGCAAGAAAUCUUGUUUGGGGAUUUAAGCUACCUAGUGGUUUAGAAGGAAAUGCCCCUUGGUUGAAACAGAGAAAGAUAGAUGUGUCUCGUAAGUAUGGACAGAGUGUUGAAAGUGAUAAUCACUUGGACAGAGACUUUCUUGUACAGCUUUGGGUUGCAGAUAGGAAAAUGAAAAAUUCUAAGGGAAAAAGAAGGCGGAAAUUGGUGAAGUAUGGAAAUUUUUCUGGUACAGCAUAUGAAAACCAACAUGAAUAUGGAAGAUGGUAUUCGGGGGCACCUCUUUGCAGAACAGGAUUUUUUGGACAAGGGCAAACCAGUUUUGAAUCAACCACCUCUGAGCCAAUCUGACUCAGCUUUUCUGGGGCCAGAAUCUCCAGAGGAGGCCCAGGUUGCACUCCUUCUUGCUAGGUCCAAUUUGUUGAUUCCUAGGGAUAUAGAGUGGGCAAAUCUUAUACUUGUUUUGAGCAGCCUGUAGGUUUUAUUUGUGAGUAGAGUAAUCUCAUUGCUAGACAGGUGAUGAUUGUAUUGGAAUACAAUUUGGAUAUAAGGAAUGAUACAUGCAGCCAAAGUCUUGGAAUUAGCAUUUGGCAGUCUUAGCAGAGAUAAAUCCCAAGCCAGCAUUUCAAACAGUGAGGAACUCAAUCAUCAAACACUACUGAUGUUCGGAUCAAAACAUGGCAAGGUGGCUCUGGUGUUGUAUCCAAAGUGACCUUCCACAACAUUCACAUGGACACCAUUCAAAACCCAAUUAUUUAAACCAAUACUACUGCCUCUGUGAAAAGUGCCCCAACCAUACCUUUUCACUUACCAUUUCUGAUGCAUCAUACAAGAACACAUAUGGUGCUUGUGACAUAAGAACCCUGCCUAUGCACAAUUCAAAGCCAUGCAGAAAUGUUACAAUUUUGGGAGUUGCAUUGCUUCCUGCCCAAGGAUAGGAACAUAUGAAUCCAUUUUGCUGGAAAGCUUAUGGCAGUAUACACACAAGAACUCGUCCACUAGCUUCUUGUUUGUUCCGGAUGUCCAAAAAAGCUAGCAUGAGUAGAAGACGAUUAUGGUGAUCAGUGUUAAACAAUAAGCUGUAAUUAUGUCAAAUUGAUUUUGUGAUUGAAUAAAGAAGAUCUUUGGGGUCAGGCUUCUUUCUAAGUUCAAGGUUCAAAUCUCAACCCGCAUCGUUUUUAGAAUGUCUUUCUAUGAGUUGUUUGGGAAUUGAUUUUUUUUUUUCUUUUUUUUUUUUUUGUGGAAAAUAUAUUUGCUUAUUUACUGAAGAACCAAAAAAUACUGGUUGGUGAUGUUUCAGAAAUAUUGUUUGGAAAUGCAAAUCCUACUCAUUAUGCGAGGAUUACUUUUCUUGUUGGUAUAAUUGUCUUUUUUGGACUUAUCGAUGAAUAUGAGUAUAUAGCCCUUUUCAGUUGACAUAUUUUCACUUGAUAAGUGAAUUGUCAAUGAGAGUAUGUAGUUGUGUAACAUAUUCAUGGGAGGGGGUGUAUUUGGAUUCAUUGUCAAAGACCGGGAAUAUUUUCUUCAUUCAAUGAGAAUAUUUGUGUAGCAA